AUGAAUUGUCCAAUUUAUGACAUUGUACAUUGGGAUGGUCAUGUUAUUAGAACCGAAUUAGGUUACGACUAUGUUGGUGGUCAACACAAUUUUUUCCGUAUGAAACAAAUGUUGACUUAUGAGGAUCUUGUUUUGAAAAGAGUUCGCUCUACAAAUUUGUCAAACCAUAAUCAAUUCAUAUGCAAGAUUGAAUAUAGAAAACCAAUUAUUAGUGAUAACGAUUACAAAUUUGAACUAGUUCAACUACUCAAUGAUGACGAUGUAGAGAUGAUGUUCGAUUACGUAUGUAUACUAGGAUCUGAAAGCAUAAUUUUUUAUGUCGAUGUCGUUAGAGAUAUUCACAAAAAUCAGGAAGAUGAUUGUGUUGAUCCCUCUUAUACUGAUGAUUUAGAGAAUUCACACUGUAUUUUGCGUCCGAAUAUUGAAGAGCAAGAUGAAAUCAUAGUACGUUCAACUAAUCCGUUUUGUACUGAAGAUUUUAACCUGAAUAGUGUUGAUAAUAUUGUCAAUGAAGUUGUUGAUGAAGAUGAUGAAUAUGUUGAUUCAGAGAGGUUAUCUGAUUCUGACAUUAACGAGUAUGAAAGUGGUUGGAUUGAGGAUGACGAAUUAUUAUCAGCUGAUGAUAAUGUUGUUCCUCAGUAUAGUAAUCCUAUUUUACCACUUGUGCAUCCACCCUCAUAUUCAGAAAUAGAUUUUGAAUUAAUGUGUGUAGACCCUUAUGCAAAGCCAACGACUAAUAUGUUUUGGAAUCCGAAUAAAGAGUUUUCUGUUUGGAUGAUUUUUCCGAACAGAGAUGCUGUCAUAGCAGCAGCAAAGGAGUAUCAUUUGCGUAGACAUCAUAAGUUUUAUUCUGAUGAGACCAAGAAAAAAACAUAUAGUAUUAAAUGCAAAUAUAAAAAUCAUAACUGUAAAUGGCAUCUGCGUGCAUCAAUGAAGGAGGGAUCUGAGGUUUGGAGAAUUGUAUCGUACGAUGGGCCGCAUACAUGUUCUAAUCCAAUGGUUGAAAAAGACCAUCCUCAAUUGGAUAACAAAUUUAUAUGUCAAUUUAUUUUGCCUAUGAUAGAAGAACAGCCACACAUUAAAAUAAAAACACUUAAGGCAGAAGUUAGAGAUAAAAUUGGAUAUGAACCAACAUAUUCAAAGACAUGGAAGGCAAAACAAUUUGCAAUUAGGAAAAUUUUUGGUGGAUGGGAUGAAUCGUAUGGAAGGCUCCAUGAUCCCCAUUACAUAAACGAUCGUUUGGAUCGUACGUCUCGUGUAUUUGAUCGCAUGUUUUGGGCUUAUCGUCAAUCUAUUGAAGGAUUCAAGCAUUGUCGACCAAUAAUUUUUGUUGACGGUACAUUCCUAUACGGAAAAUAUAGUGGGUGUAUAUUGUGUGCAACAGGGCUUGAUGGAAAUAAUCAGAUAUUUCCAUUGGCUUUUGCAAUUGUCGAGAAGGAGGAUUCAGAUAAUUGGGGAUGGUUCAUGUCUUGUUUGAGAGUUUAUGUCACAGAACGCGAAGAUUUAUGUGUCAUUUCUGAUCGUCACAUUGGAAUUGAGAAAUCUAUGGAACAAGAUUGGUGA